AUGCCGAGGUGGUCGCCGCCUCCGCCGCGGGACGGCGAGCACUUCUUCCCCCUGGGCUCCCACGACGCCGUCUCGCUAUCCCUGUUAGUGGCGUGCGUCGCAGCCACCGUGGCGAUCGCCUCGUCCAUGUGCUCCGCGUGCGGCCGCAAGCCCAAGGCCGUCAGCCAGGAGCCCGACGCCGCCGCGGCCGCGGCCGCGGACACGAAGGCCGCCGGAUCGGAGGGGGAAGAGGAGGUGGUGACGCUGCCGCCGGAGCUGGCGACGCACGGGCCGAUCGAAGCGGCAGCUCUGCCGGUGGCGGCGUCGCGGCGGAAGCUGUCCGUCUCCAUGAGCCUCAGCCAUGGCAUCAGCACUGCCAAGAACCUCGCCAACAUCCCGGACAAGAUGCGGCUGAGCAAGCGGGAGCGCAGGGAGAAGCAGGACGCCCCCGAGGACACGCUGUGGAAGAAGGCCAUCAUCCUCGGCGAGAAGUGCAAGAUCCCCGGCGAGAGGGAAGGCGAGGCAUCCGACCCCGACGCAGCGGCCGACGCGGCAGACGAGAUGGCCGCCGGCACGUUCCGCCGGUCAACCUACUCCCGGCCCGUGUCGCGGUCCAACUCCUUCGCCGUCAACCAGCCCCUCCCCGAACCUCCCGCCUUCCAGUCCUCCUCUAAUUCCUGA